UUGAAGUUGACGGAACGCAAGCUUAUUUAUUGUUGGUGACUAUUUAAUUAGACAGGUUACAGCUUAAGAAUAUUUAAUAAUGCCUUUCAAAAUUGUACAAACUCGUGAAAAUAAUCGCAGUGUACUGACAGUCGUUCCAAGUAAUUGGGAGAAGGACGGAGUACUGUAUUGGCCUCGAAAAUUAAGUGACAAUAAACAGAUCCACAAUGAAAACUCUACGCCAGGAACUGAUUGGAAACCAAUGAGUUGCAGAACUAAGAGGGUUAUGCAUUCUCUAGAGGAAGCAAAUGCCGAAGUAGAACGCAUGGCACAGAUUUCAGACACAGAAAAUGAGUUCGACAGUCCAACACCAACACCACGACCCAGAAACAAAAUGGGCACCCACGUUCUAGAAGCAGUGGAUUUGAAUGACCAAAUAGCUGCUUUAAAUUAUGUUGAUCAUAGAAGUGAACCAUCUUGUGCAAAGGCGUCGUCUGCAAGUUUCUUCCAAUCUUCAGAUCACAAGCGUUCUAUUCAAAAGAAGAUAAUUAAUAGUGACUCUGCUCAACUAACUCGCACAGAUUCACCCUCUGGGACGACCUCAUGCUUAAUUUCUAUAGCGGAAUCCCAGUCCAGAGAUAGAAUUUCUUCUGCUUUUACGCCUGUUUCAAAUUAUAUUUCCCCAGCUACUUCCGGUUCCUUAAGUAGUAUAACACCUGUCAAUUUUGAGCCUCAAGUCACAUAUGAUAAUGAACCAAUUCUGAUCACUUUUCCGAGCCAAAAAGGUUUCUCUGAGGGUACUGCAGCUUCUUCUUGUAAUAGAGAUAUUUUAGGAUCAAACGAGCAAAAUAGUGUUGUCGUCCCUAACAAUUUGUUGAUGGAAAUCAAACAAAAACUUGCGGUACUUCAAGCAACAGUUGACUCUUUAUUUGUACAUGUCUUAAACCAAUCAAAGGCUGCACCAUUAAAUAAUACUGUUUCGAAUGAAUCUGCUGUCAUUAAACCUGCAAGCAGUCGCCAGGAGCUUGAAAAACUUGAAGAUUUUUUGAAAAAUGAAUGCAACUUUUCGUCGACCGUAUCUGCCAUGAAUUUUAUAUGUGGUACAUCAGGAAAAUCAAAAGGAUUGGAUUCUUGCUACAAAUUGAUUGAUUACUUUUUUACUCGGGAUCUGCUUCUGUUUUGUUCAUGGACUGGAACUUCACGUCAAAAUGAUAAAAUACCUCUCAAAUAUUAUUAUAACACUAGGAAAUGUUUUCUAUGUUUAGUAAGAAAAGCAGACAAUGACUUUUCAGAGCAAGAAUGUGAUAAAUUUUUUAAAACUAUAAUCAAAAACGCGAAGCAGAGAAUGAAUCCAAAAAUUAUGUCAGCAACAAAGCAUAGGGCAAAGAAAACCGGCGCUGAUCAAGUACAACCAGAAUCCUCGCAAGAAAACAUUAAUGAAGAAAGACAACAAGAAGCUAAUGUAGAACAAAAUGAAAAUCGAGAAGAAAGCCAAUUAGGUGAAGAGAGAAGUGCUGCAGAUAGUGCCGGUGUAGAACAGGUAGAAAAGAGUGUCAACAACCAAGAAGAGAUAGAUGCUAUUCAAGAACCCAAAUAAUGUAGGAUAAUAUGUUUACAUCGUACUGGGGGGUUAAAAAGACCACAUCAAGGCAAUUCAUCUAUCAAGCAGUAUUGCUAUUUGAUAUUUGUGUGCAUUGCGCACUUACUUUUAUAUGCGCAAAUGUCAAAUUGCAAUAUUGCUUUUUUUAUGUAGCGUUUUAACUCCUCCGAACGUUAUCAGAUAAUGUUCCUUUUUAAUGUGUUUUUUCAUUUUGAUGAUUGUCAUUGUCUAUUAUGUAAUUUUGGUAUUAUAAGAGCGAUAUCAGACUUGACGUAUUUUGCUGUACGUAGAAGGUCAACGCCCAUAGGAAUUGUCUAUGUUUCUACGCGAGCAUAUGCGUUUACACGCGGUUAUAAAAACGAGCUUCUGCGCGCAGCAAAAUACACUAGGUCUGAAACCGCUGUUGGAUUUUUUUAUGAUUUUCGAAUAUUUUUAUUAUUAUUGCGGUGAUGAUUGAAUAAAGUAAACAUAGUAUUGUCAAUACCUAUUAGCAUACUUUGGUCUAUGUACCUUUUGAAAAGUUGUUUUGGGAUGAGUAUUCGUGUUUUGUUUGAGUUUUAAUAAUUAGUAUAAGUGUAAUAAUUAGUGAUUAUGUGUAUGAAGAUAAUUUUAAAGUUUAAUUUAGAAAAAUUGCUGAAUGUUAUUUUUAUUUUUUUUUAUGAUUUUCGAAUAUUUUUAUUAUUAUUGCGGUGAUGAUUGAAUAAAGUGCUUACUUCAUUCAAUCUUUACCGCAAUAAUAUAGGUAUUGACUAUAUUAAAUGAAAACUCAUUAAUUAUAGUCAAUACCUAUAGUAUACUUUGGUCUAUGUUCCUUGUGAAAAGUCGUUUUGUGAUAAGUAUUGGUGUUUUGUUUGAGUUUUAAUAAUUGGUAGGCAAGCUUAUU